UUGUGUAGGUAUGGUGUUUGCUGAAACCCGUGGCUGAAACUAUAAUUUCAUUUUAUACGAUGAGAACCAGCCACCGGCAGUUUACCAUUAUGAUUGAAUUCAUGGAAAAGCAUGGCGAUAUAUCUAAAUCCAAUGGAACUAAUCGUGAUAAAAUUGAUAAGCUGGAAAAAUGGGUGGAGUUAGUUGAUCUGCUGAAUAGUGAGGGCUCCGGGGAUGCUCGAACAGGGGAAAAGUGGCGGAAGGUUUGGUGUGAUUACAAAAAUAAUACCAAGAAAAAGUGGUUAAAAAUAAAUAGGCAAGCACGGGAGAAUUUGAGACUGAAGAAAACAAUGACAGACUUGGAGAUCAGGGUUUUAAAUAUAAUUGGAGUGCAGACUGCUGCUGGGACGCCCACACAAGAAGCAGAAUUCAUACAGACUGAUGCUGUGGAAGAAGAUACAUCGUCAGUUCUACAAGCACCGGCCACAGAAUCGGAAGACGCAUUGACUGCAGAUGAUGUUCUUUAUGAAUUUACACCUAUUUCUGAAGAUGAAUGGAAAAAUCCAAGGACGAGCAGUCAACCUGCAGUUACUGCACCUGUUCCUGAUCCUUCUCCGCAGCCACCACAUACACCACCAUCUCUAGCACAAACCGAUUGGGAACCACCAACAAAAAAGAAGAGAGAAGAAGAAGAAAGAAAGAAAGAAGAAGAGGAAGAAAAAGUCUCAGUGUUAAAACUGUUUAAAGAGUAUGAAAGGAAAGCUAGAGACUGUGAAAGGGAGCAUGAGCGAAAGGCACAAGAGUUAGAAAGAGAGAGGAUUCGUCAGCGCGAUGUGGAGUUGCAGUUACAAGCUCAAUGGUUGCAGUUCAUGAAAGAUGCGCUAAGGGUAGUGAAAUCUUAUUUAGGUAUAAAAAGUUAGCGCAUUAUAACGUAUAUUAACAGAAAUAUUUAUUAUCAAACUUUAAGGAGCCGAAUCAAGUAGGUACCUACAUGAUGAGUGAGAUCAAGUAUUGGAAUUAUUAAAAAAAUUUCUUUAUGAUUACUUAAGAUAAUUUUUUUAUAAGAAACACAGGCAUUGUGUAUCUGGGGAGUUUGAUGCGCCACUUCUUCCUAGUAAUAACAUGUAAGAAGUGGUGUAGGGUGGGCGUUUUGAGGCUGUCUCAUGUAAUUCUGACGUUCGAAAAGUGCUAUUUUUCAGCCUACUUUGAAUAAACGAUUUUUUUAUUUUAAUUAAUAUUUGAUUUAUCUGUAAAUGUAAUAGAAAAGAUAACUUCAUUAACAAAAUUUACUCCAGACAUGGUCAAUAUUAGAUAAUUUUAAAAAUAUUAUUAUUUGAGGCCAAUUUUUAGCGCCUUUUUUGAAAAUAGUAUUCUGUGCCAUUACAUUUUAAUUAAGGUUGCUCCACCCGCGAUUAGUCUCAUGUUGGAUCGUUUCUAAGGGAGUUUUCGGCUCACUGAAAAACAAGCUCUGAUUACUAGUUUAAGAAAUGGCUGAUUGCCAAAAUUACGAGUUUUUUUUGGCAGUAGGGUAAAUAAAACAAUAGAAUCAGUAGGUAUUCGUUAUUUUCUAUAUUUUUUCCUAAUUUAAACAGUUUUGGAGGAAAUAUAGAGAUUUUUAUACAUAAAUAGUUCGCAUACAAUAAAUAGUUAUAUCAACGGCAAGUGAUGUCGAAGUUUUAAUAUCACGGAAUGUCUUAUAUAGGCAUGUUCCAUACAACCAAAGUACGUUGCAAAAGAUUUUUUACACUAUUGGUAACUUUAUUAGAUUUAAUAUCUCUUCAUAAAUAAUUUUAGACAUUAAAAACAGCUUAAAAUACAACAAAUUGAUAUUUUCAUGAGAACAAAAAACCAAUUGAAGUUUUGUAUAAUGUAAAAUUUACUUAAAAUAAGAAUAAACCUAAUUUCAGAAGACCGCGAACCAGUCGCUCUUGAAGUCAGUUUUAAAAACAAAAAAAUAAAAUAAAAAAAUAAAUCUUACUUUAACAUUUCUUAAUAAUUACUGUAUAAAAGGCACUUCGUGGCAGUUUCUUUUAUGUAACAUUGAUGAUAUUUUACAACCUUUUUAUCUCAAACCUAAGAGUAUUUCUCGUUAUCCAAGCGAAUGGAAUCGACCGCAGGACACUUGGACUUGCUCCUAACGUUUCUAAUAUUCUAGUGUACUUAUAAGUUCAUUAAUAACACAAUCACAUUGUAAUAUCACUCACGGAACUGCGUCCGACACUUUCAUAAAGCAUUGUCUUCGGACGCAAUUUAUUUCACACACAAUACGCACACUCCCGUAUCUUAACGAGUUUAUACGGAAUAAAAACAAGCAAAAUGUUUGUCUGCUUGCUUUUAUUGCUUAGGAAAUUAAUUAUAGUUCGAGUAUUAGAGGUUGGGGUAUUAAAAUGUUGGCUAUUUGAUGUAGAGGUGUUUCUGGGUGUGUGCGGUCACAAUAUGAAAUGUGUUGGUGACCGGAGCGACGCACGUGGGCUGCGGCCACGCGACGCCCCAGCGUGACAGUCUUCAAGGCUCGACCCGCUCUAGCGUUAAUGGCGGCUGCUAGAAAAAAUAAUUACUUAAUUAUCACUGAAUUAUUAUGUAAUAGGUACUCCAAUUUAGUAGGCAGUUUUAGCUACUUUAACUAAAGAACAAUAAUCUUGAUAUUGCAUCUUAUUUAAAAACUCAGCAUUCAUCCUCAUCCUCCGAGCCUUUUUCCCAAACUAUGUUGGGGUCGGCUUCCAGACUAACCGGAUGUAGCUGAGUACCAGUGCUUUACAAGGAGCGACUGCCCUAUCUGACCUCCUCAACCCAGUUACCCGGGCAACCCAAUACCCCUUGGUUAGACUGGUGUCAGACUUACUGGCUUCUGACUACCCGUAACGACUGCCAAGGAUGUUCAAUGACAGCCGGGACCUACAGUUUAACGUGC